AUGGCUUUCGGACAGAACUCACGAGGUGGCGGUGGUAAUCGUGGUCGUGGAGGUUUUAGAGGAGGUCGAGGCGGUGGUGGCGGAGGAGGUCGUGGUGGUAGUGUAGGUUUCGGUAGUCGCGGAGGUAGCCGCGGUGGUAGUCGAGGCGGUAGCCGCGGUGGUAGCCGUGGUGGUAGUCGUGGUGGUAACCGUGGUGGUCAAUUUGGCGGUGGAAAAGAUCGAGGACGUGGUGGUGGUGGUGGUGGUGGUGGAAGAUUUUCAGAUACUAAACGUGAAUUCAUGAGUGAUAGUGUUUAUGUCGGUCAAUUACCUGCUGAAAUUCAAGAAAGUGAUUUAAAGAAACUUUUUCCAAAAGCAAAAAAUGUUCAUCUUGCGCCAGCUCUAGGAACUCGACCUGGUCAUGCUUUUAUUACAUUUUCCGAUGAUUCUUCAGCAGCAGCAGCUGUUAAACAAGGUGCUACAUUUAAAAGUACACAACUUAAAGUAGCUUUUCAAAAUAAACGUGCUGAACCACAAAAACGAUCGUCAGAUACAGAUGAUCAAUCAGGUCCUAAAACAAAAAAACUCAAAAGUGAUGUAUCUCCUGCUAAAGGAUCAGCAAAUAAAAAUGGUGUAAAAGGACAAAGUAAAAAGGCAGCUGGUUCUGAUGACGAUGAUGAUGAUGAAUCAAUGGAUUUUGAAGAAGAUGAUGAUGAGGAUGACGAUGACGAUGAUGAUGAUGAUGAAAAUGAAGAAGAUGAAAAAGCUCUUAAAAAAAAAGUUGCAAAAAUGGUUUCUGGAGGAAAAUCAGAUAAAGCUGCAGCAAAACCAUCAGCUGGAAAAAAUGUCGAAGAAGAAGAUGAUGAUGAUGAUGACGAUGACGAAGACGAUGAUGAUGACGACGACGAUGAUGAUGAUGAUGAUGAUGAUGAUGAUGAUGAAGAAGAAGAAGAAGAUAAACCAUCUAAAAAAACUCCACCAACAUCAGCCAAACAAGCAGCACCAACUGCUGGUCAAAAUAAAAAUAAAGGCAAAGCAGAAUUGACUAAACCAAGUAUUAUCGAUACUUCAGCUCAAAAAAAGACUAAACCUACAGAUCAAACAGCUUCAAAGAAAACAACAUCAGCUGAACCUCAAAAACGUACAAUUGAUGUUGCUGAUAAAUCAGGUCCUCAAGCAAAAAAACUUAAGAAUGAAACUCCGGUUACUGGUAAAAAUGUUCCAGCAGGAAAUAAAAAUGGUUUGAAAGGAAAAGGAAAAAAACAAGAGGAUGAUGAAGAUGAUGAUGACGACGACGAAGAUGAUGAUGAACUCAAUUUCGGUGAAGAUGAUGACGAUGAUGAUGAUGAUGAUGAUGAUGAUGACGACGAUGACGAUGAUGAUGAAGAAGAAGAAACACCUAAAAAACCUGUUGGAAAAUCACCUACAACUGGAAAACAAGCUAAACCUGUUAUCAAGCCAUCGGUUGCUGAAGACGAUGAUGAAUCCGAUGAUGAUGAUGAUGACGAUGACGACGAUGAUGAUGAUGAUGAAGACGAAAAACCUACAAAAACGACAACCAAACCCGUUCCAGCUUCGAAACAAACUAAAUCGGCUCCCAAACCAUCGGCUGUUGAAGAUGACGAAGAUGAUGACGACGACGAAGACGAUGAUGACGAUGAAGACGACGAAGAUGAUGACGAUGAUGAAGAAUCUAAACCUACAACACCACUUAAAUCUGCUUUGAAACAAUCAUCGUCAACUCCAUCAAAACAAAAACCAUCAGCAACUCCGACUAAACCAGCACAAAAAACAAAGCAAGAAACACCAAGCAAGCAAUCAGCACAAAAUACAAAACAAGAAACAUCAACACCAAAUGCUAAUAAACCACUUAAUAAAACACAAUUGUUUAUUAAUUCAAUAAAAGAAAGUGUUAGUGUAUCUGAAAUGAAACAACUUUAUCCAAAAUCAACAUCAGUUAAAAUGCAAAAACGUAAAGUUGGUCCAAAUCAUAAAGCUAUUCAAUUUGCUUUUGUUUCAUUUGAAAAUGAAGCUGAUUGUGCUGAAGCAUUAAAUGCUCAUACACAAAUUGGUGGUGAAAAAGUAAAUAUUUCUUAUGCAUUUGCACAAGGAGGUAAACAACAAACACAAGCAAAUAAUGAAUCAAAUAAUAAACAAGAAAAAAAUCAGAAAAAACAAACACCAUUUAAUGAAAAUACAAAUAAACAAGAAAAAAACCAGAAAAAACAAACACCUUCCAAUGAAAAUACAAAUAAAAAAGAAAAAACCAAAAGUGAAAAACAACUUUCAACAAAUGCAAUCUAUGUUGGUCAAUUACCAGAACAUGUUGUUGAAGAUGAUAUAAAAAAUCUUUUUCCAAAAGCAAAUAAAAUUGAAUUAUUUGCAGCUAAAGCAAAAAAUAAAGGUGUUCGACCUGGUUUUGCAUUUGUUACAUUUCCUGAUGAUAAUUCAGCAGCUGCUGCUAUUAAAGUUGGACCAACAUUAACACUUAAAAAUACACAAUUAAAAGUUGCUUAUCAAACUAAACGAGCAACACCAACAGCUACUGAAUAA